ACAGCUUUCUCCUUUCUUCCCGGAUCCCAAUAUGCAAUUUUCUUUCUUUGCAGAUCCACUUCAUACACAUAUACUGGAGUUUUUUUCCUUUUUGGAUGAGAGCCCUGAAGACAGAAGAUUUCUGAUAAAUCAAGCGCCGAGCCAGAACAUGUCAUUUUUUUAUGUGUCCUGUUAGGCUGUGGAAACUGUUCUCAUGACCUAAUAUUUGAAGUUAUUUUCCAUUCCUAAAAGGCAUAUCACUUUUUCACGCAUCCGGGAUGAACAGUAUUUUAUUGGUCCUUUGUUUUUAUACAACUAAACAGCUUUUGAAUUGCAUACCAUAAUCUUAUUGUUAUUCUUUGACUUUUAAGACAUGAAGGUUGCCGUCUUGGACUUGGGAACUGUUUUUGCUAAAUUUUUUAAAUCAUCUGUAUCUCCUAUAAGUCCGGGACCAACCACUAACACCUUUUCUCAAGGCUCUAAUGCAGUGAACACUGUAGGAACUGCAGUUCCUUCCCUUGGCAGUAAAACCCCAUUCUUGCUUCUGUCUGCACCCCCAUCUCCUUUGCAUAUCCUUAAUACACCCACUGCAUCCACAUCUUCCCUGUCUCGUAUCCCCUCUGGAAAAGCUUUAAGUCCCCAUGCAGGUGGCACUUCUGCGCCCAGUAGCCCUGUUUAUUCGGUAAGGCCCCAGCCUUCAAUCUCCGCAUCCAGCAGUGUGGCACAACAUAAGCAACUCAAUGAAGAAUCAUGGACAAAUCCACAAUCUGCAGCUUCGUCUCCUACACCACCAACAACCAUUCUGGUACGCCCGGCACCAAGUAUCAACACGAUAACACCGGCAAUGCAAUCUAACCAUGUCAGUCGGUCACCAAGGCAUCUUCAAGAAUCAUCUGUCUCCAGCUGGAACACCAAAUCCAUGCUCUUUACCCUGCCUGACAUUGGGGAGGAGAGCACAGACUACGAAGACAAUGCCAACAGCCAUGGAAAGGGAUUGUCACGGGGAAACACAGACCCUCGGCUCUCAGAAGGAGACCCUCUACCAGUACACUUUACACGGCCUGUACAGGAAGCCAUCCAUAACUACAACUGUGAAUCGAUCUCAUCUUUGUCUUCCAGUGGACAAACCACUCCAACAGACUUAAAUCAUUCCUGGUCAGGAAUACAAAGCUAUACUACUGGACUGUCCACUGAACGGAGCUCAGUCUACUCCUGGAGAGAUGAUGAGUUUGAUAAAGCCAACACACAAAGAGUGCACCAGUUAUUCUGGGAUGUGGAUGAGAUGCUUUUCGAAGGCAACGUUACUUCUCAGAACAAGAACCUGCAAACAGAAUGUAAAGACUGGACAAAGAGAUCUCUUCAUCUUAGAAUAUUGGGAAAACAACUUAUAUUCCCAAAGGAUGAAGGCUUCCAGCAUUUUCAGGGCAGGAAUUCAAGUUCCUCAUCUUCAAGUUCAUCUGGGAUUUCCCAAAGUAUUAGUGAGAGCUCCAGCUCCUUGAGGCAACUCUGUGUAUCUGGAUCACGGCUUGUGCCUUCAGUAUCACCAUUACAAAGAACGGAUGAGUCCAUAUCUAGCACAAGUUCCAUGGGGUCAGUGUCAUCAGUUUUCUCCUUCCUAGAAGAAGAGAUCUAUGAUGUGGAAGGCACUAUCGAGGAGUACCUUGCCUACGACAGCAGAGAGCAUGAUGAUGAGGGUACAGAUCAGAAGAAAACACAAGUUUACCAAAAGAGGAGUAAGCGGGGAAUCCCUCCUGUCUCCCCCAAUGACUGCAUCAAAGACACAGUCGGUGCAGAAGUCUUUGAUGAUACUUGGAGGACUAUUGUGGAAUCCAUGCAAGAACUUCUUAUGAAAACAUGGGAAGUUACCUCAGUUAAUAUUAAACAAUUAGGAAAGAUCCACAAUUCGACGAACCACUACCUUCAGCUACCGGCUCUGCGGAUAACAUCAGACACAACAGGCAUACCUCCAUCCCGGGGCUCUGAGUCGCGAAGCAUUUCGUUUGGUGCUUAUGUUUUUACACCACAGACAAGUCGUAAUUUUAGUAGUGACUUGAAUGGAGUAAUGACGAUACAAGCUAAACCUCUACAGCACCGCCAUACUGGACUAGCUGAGAAGACACAUGAACAAGAAGAUAAAAGUUUAUCUGUUAUACCGAGAGUAUUAAACUCUGCACGCAAUCGACUAGGAAGAUCGAGUGAAAACAGUAUUUUUUCAGCCUCUCGGAUUCUACACACUCCUUCUAGGAAAACACCUACUCAGCGAAGACUGCCUGCCCUUACAUUAGAUCCAAUGCGGUCUAAGACACCCAAUGUUUACAGUGAUGAAGUCCUCAGGGGUACUAAGCUAUACACUGGACUAGACAGGCUGUCCUCACCUUCCAUCCAGACCACCAGGAAUAAAUUACCACCAAUAAACUCCAUGGAACCAGUGGAGCAACACUUAUCAGUGCCUGGAUCUCGACAUUCUGCUAACAGAGCAAAGCUGCAGCACAGCCGGGUAUCCAGCGCAGUACCUGACACCCUAGGACGUCGUCCCCUGCGUGAGAAAACAACAGUAAUGGAACAGUUUUCAAGACCCAACACAACACACACCUUUAGAUCAGAAACAUCGCACAGAAGAUCUUUUACCCCAUUGGAUUUUGCUAACCACACAUGGACAGGACAUUCCUUUAUGACAAGUUCUCAGUAUCAACCGAAAUCUUUACAGAGGAAUCCACCAAAUUCAAGGAGAAAAUUUCCAGUGCCGUCUUAAUAAGGAGUGAAAAAAGGACAAUAGGAAGCAUUGUUACAUAUGCUUAUCCUCAUACAGAAUUGAUACAGAUUUUAACAAUGGAUUUUACCCUUUGCAAUGUAUAGGGUGAAUUUUCAUGGAAAGUACGGAGCAGGAAAAAUCUGCCACAUGUGCACGUAUCCUUACAGGUCCCACAGUACUGGCCCAAAAUUUACACAUGUGCUUUAUGUUUUUCUUGAUUAACUAAAUCAUACAAAGUGUAUUGUCAUGUUACAUAUAACAUCCCUAUUCUCUACAUUUAAAAACUGCCUGCUUUAUUAAAGUCAAUAUAAAAACUGUUUCCUGUCUCUAUUAAAUCUUUCC